GGACAAUGCUUUGAAAACACGACCUUGAUCUUUGGAUUGGGAAAUAGACAUCAGCUGUUUGGUCGUUUUAAGUCACAGAGGAAUAUGCGCGGUGGUGUUGUCGGCUUACACUUAUCGGGAUUUAUUUCUUCCAGGAAUGAAAAAAAUAUUAGCACGCCUUGCCCAAGGGGAUUCUGAUGAAGGAUUUGCAUCAUAUAACAAUCUUGGUAAUCAUCAAGGACCACAUCUUGCUGCUGUCGGGCGUAAUUUUAGGGUGGGUAGUUUUACACUAGUUGUGGAGUCGGUUAUUGCUGAAGGAGGAUUCGGUGUUGUAUUUCGUGUAGUCUCUCAACAUGGACAUACUUACGCUUUGAAAAGAACAUGUGUUAACAAUAAUCAUGAUCUUUCUGUUUGUAAAAGAGAGAUAAAUAUUGUAAGUUCUUUAUCACAUAAAAAUAUUAUUCGCUAUGUGGACUCGAAAAUAAUAGAUAUUCAACAAGGAAUAUAUGAAGUUUUGUUAUUGACUACUUAUUAUCCAGGUAGUUUAAGUCAACUCAUAAAUGAGCGGAAACAACACCACAGAUUUACGGAAGCUGAAGUUAUACGUAUAUUUAGUGAUAUUUGUGAAGCAGUUUGUCGAUUACACCAUUGUAAAACACCAAUUAUUCAUCGAGAUUUAAAAAUCGACAAUAUUCUUAUUGACGAUCGAAAUAAUUUUAUUCUAUGUGAUUUUGGCAGUGCAACUUCACGUGUUCUCCAUCCUGGUGUUCAUGGUCUUGGAAGAUGUGAAGAAGAAAUUUCUAGAUAUACUACUUUAGCUUAUCGUGCCCCUGAAAUGGUCAACCUAUCCUCAUCAAUUCCAUUAGGUCCACAAAUCGAUAUCUGGGCUUUAGGUUGUAUGCUGUAUUGUAUAUGCUAUUUCAAUUUACCAUUUGGUGAUAGUAUUUUAGCUAUACAAUCAGGUAAUUUUAGUCUACCAGACAAUUCACCAUAUUCUGAAAGAUUACAUAAAUUAAUUGGUUAUAUUCUUUGUGUGGAUGCAUUCAAACGUCCAGAUAUUUAUCAAGUUUGUGCAUUAGUCUUCACGCUUGCUGGUCGAAAUAAUCCUGCUCAGAAUUUAGGUAAUCUUCCAGUUCCCCUUUGGAAAGAUCUAAUUGUACCUCCACGAGAAUCUCAACUCAAAUUACCUGUCAAUUAUCAUACAUCUGAGUUAAAAUCAGAAAAUAGGCCAAUUUCUCCUUCCGUUAAUAUUCGAAAUAAAUCUUGUUCACCUGAUCAGAAACAAUCUAUUCAUCAGUCAACGGAUCAAUUUAUUACGAAUACAUCGGUAGCACCAAGAGAAAGACCACGACCUAAUUGCUCUGCUAAUAAUCGUGUAAUUGUGGGUAACACUGUAAAUUCAAUUAUUAGACCACCGAUUGUACCAUCAUCAAUGAAUAACAAUAAUAAUCCCGUUACGACAAACUUUGCCGACUUUUCCUAUUCAAAUAUACUAACUGUGUCAAAUCAAAAUAUCAGUUUGCCACUUCAAGAUUCUUUUAAUCAACAACCAUCAACAAAUUUACUGGGACAUAAACGUUGUCCAAGUGAUACAUCGUCAUUUUUGAAAAUUUUCUCUCCAAAUUUACGUCAUAUACAAAGUUUAGCAUCUUUGUCACAAAUAUCUCAAUCAUUUGAUUCAAUGGCAAAUAGUUGCUCAACUAUUGAAUACACUAGUGUAGGCAAUGUUAUUUCAAGUUCAAGAAAAGCUGAAAUGUCGACAUCGCCAUGUUUAAAUGUAAUAGACCAACCGACGACUAUUACUACUACUAGUACAACCACUACUCUUGGUGUUCAACAUGUAUCAUCUAGUGGGAAUUCCGAUAAUUUUCUCUCACCAUCACAACAACAGCAACACUUUUCAUCAACAAUGUCUUCAUCUACACCUUUACAACAUAUUCAAUGCAAUCAAACCAUGAUACAUAAUAAUAAAAAUAUGAAAACUGUCGAUAGUGUUGAUACUACUGCUACUAAUGAUUAUGAUGAUGAUCUUUUCGGUGCUGCUUUUGACGCGAUUCGCGGUAAUAGUGGUAAUAAUAAUGAUAAUAAACAUUAAUAGAUCACAAAUAACCAAUAUUCAAUUCAAUCAUUCUUUGAAAUAGUUUCCUACAAUUUGAACAAAUCCACUGUUGCUGAUGGUGUUUACUUUAUAAUAUCUACUCCACUGUAAUGUAUACAUGAAUCAAUCUGCUUAUAAAAAAUAUUCAUACAUUUUAGAUUUCAUUCAGUCAUAUGAUUUCUUCUUUGUUUGUUUUUUUUUAUCAAAAAGAAGCAUCCAAAUUUUUAGUGUUUUAGUGGAUUUAUACUUUAGAAUGGAUUGAUGAUGAUUUAACCAGUGAAUUCAAUCAGAUCUCAAAUUCUUUUUAGAUUUAAGUAGUAUAUUUAUAUUUUUUUGAUAUCAAUGGGAUUAACUUUCCUUCAUCCCUUAUUUGAACAACGCCUAUUUAUGAUUCACUUGCUAUAUAUAUAUAUAUAUAUAUAUA